CUUCAUUUUCAUUCCGAACCGAAAAGAAAACUUUCGCCAGUCCGUCAGUCAGUUUUUUUCUGUUUCGCUCUCGUAUGUAUCGCAUACCUUCAUCGUCAAUCGGAAUUUUCAUUUUCAGUAGCCACCGCGGCGGGCCAGCCAUAGCAGCUAUCAGUUUUCGAUUAGACUCGCAGUUUUCAUGAUGUGUCGCUGAGCUGGACAAAGUAGCUACCUAUAGAUUGUCGGGCAGUGAAAAUCUGGGCUCUGCUUCUCGGUGCAAUCAAUGGCACCAGCGGAAAAGUGACUGGUCUCUUUUGUUUCGUUUGUCCAAAUUUUCUAAAUUGCAGUAUCAGCAAAAAAGGUGUAGUGCGUGGAAAGUAGUGACGAAAUAGGUAUGUAAAUUAUCGGUUUGGGUUCCACGUCUAGUCAAGUGUAACGUAAUCGGGCUGAGGAAAAGCAAUAUUGUGUGAUGAUUUGAACGAAUUUGGAAAUAUUUCUUUUUUCGUAGCACAUGAGAAAAGAUCGCCCGGAAGUGGUGUAGUGUUUUGUGAUUUCAUUGCUCGAUUUCAAAAAAUCUCACGGUGAACUCGUCUGGAAGCUCCGAUAAAUAUGGCAUCACCCAUUGAGCUGGAUGAGUUGCGGUCGGAGAUCGAACGGCUCAACCGGGAACUCGAUCAGGCCAGCAGCGAAAACAUCCAGUCGGCUAAGUACGGAUUAGGUUUGCUGGAGGAAAAGCAAGGGCUACAGUCAAAGUGUGAGGAGCUGGAAGCGCUGUACGAGAAUGCAAGGCACGAGCUGGAUAUCACACAGGAGGCACUACAAAAGUUUCAAAAGACACAGCAAGUUACCACCAAAAGUGGUAUUGAACAAGAGGAUGCCUUGCUCAACGAGUCCGCCGCGAUGGAAACCUCCCUAAAUCUGCAAAUCGUAGACCUGGAGAAUGAAACCAAACAGCUUCGGCACGAACUGGAACGGGUCACGAAUGAGCGAGACCGGAUGCUCCAGGAAAAUUCCGAAAUUGGUCGUGACAAAUCCGGGGCAGAAGCAGAAAGGGCCCGACUAAAGGCUGAACUGAAAGACAUGAAAUACCGGGAGACACGAAUGCUCAGUGAUUACAGUGAGCUGGAGGAGGAGAAUAUAUCUCUUCAGAAGCAGGUGUCCGGUUUAAGAAGCUCGCAGGUGGAAUUUGAAGGUGCCAAACACGAAAUCAGAAGACUCUCGGAAGAAAUUGAGCUACUGAAUUCACAAGUGGAGGAGCUGGCCAGUCUGAAAAAGAUAGCCGAGAAACAGAUGGAAGAUGCAUUAACCGCGCUACAAAUUGAGCGCGAAACAAAGUAUGCACUGAAGAAGGAGCUUGAUACACAUAUCAAUCGGGAAUCGAUGUACAACAUUAACAACUUGGCAAUCAGUAUACGAGGAAUGGAGGAAAGCACGCUGAAUAGCAGUGAUUGUGAAGAUGAGAUGCCCACACUGAAAGAUUCGACGCUGAAACGGCUGGAAACCUUGGAAGCGGAAACGGCCGAUUUAAAAUCACCGGACGGUACCAAAGUCGAUCUGUUUUCAGAGAUUCAUCUGAACGAAUUGAAGAAACUCGAAAAGCAGCUGGAAUCCAUGGAAAACGAGAAGAUAUGCCUGACUGCCAACUUACGCGAUGCCCAGCAGAAUCUGGACAAGAGCCAGAAUGAGUUGCAAAACUUCAUGGCCAAACUAAUGCUGAUGGCUGCCCACGUGGAUGCGUUACAGAACCUUAAGAAACAGAUCGCUGCCGAGGACAAGUUUGCCAAUGUCUCCAACAACAAGGACAAAGUGAUGAACGACAAACUUAACGAAGCUAUCAUGAUCUAUUCCAACUGGUUCGCGCUCAGCGCAAAGGAGAUCGACACGUUGAAGGCGGAUCUGGUCGAGUUGCAGAAGGGCUUCAACUGUUCAGAUGCCAUGACCGUGCUCCGUAAUGAGAUUACGAAUUUGAAAAAUAAGUUACUCUCAUCCGAGCAAAAAUCACUGGAUCUGCAUAGCGAUGUGCAGGUGCUAACAACCUUAUCUCAAAAUGCUGGCCAAAGUCUUAAUUCCACCCGCAGCAAUCUAGUCUCGUUGAGUGAUGACCUUGCUCAGUUAUACCAUCUAGUUUGCACUGUCAAUGGCGAAACUCCAAACCGAGUCUUGCUAGAUCAUAAGAAUGAUGAUUUAAGCUUCGAUAACGAUUCGCUAUCCGCCAUUCAGUCGCAGCUCAAAUCCGACAUCCUAACCUCGAGGCCGCAUGUUUUCGAGGAUCUGCAAGCGCUGAGCGACGCCGUCGAGAUUAAAAAGUACGUCGACACCAUCAGCGACCAGAUUAAGUACCUCAAGACGGCUGUUGAGCACACAAUCGAACUCAACAAAGACAAGGUGUCCGAUGUUGCCGCCGGUGACAAGGACUCCAAGGAGGAGAUUGCCGAUCUGCAUGAACAGAUUAUCAAACUGAAGAGUCUGCUAUCGACGAAGCGAGAACAGAUCGCUACACUGAGAACUGUACUUAAGUCUAAUAAGAACACGGCUGAGGUAGCGCUAACCAAUCUCAAGUCGAAGUACGAGAACGAAAAGCUGGUGGUAAGCGAUACCAUGUCAAAGCUACGAAACGAGCUGAGGAUUUUGAAGGAGGAUGCUGCUACUUUUUCGAGUCUUCGAGCGAUGUUUGCCGCAAGAUGCGAGGAGUACGUAACUCAGGUCGAUGAGUUGACUCAUCAGUUGUCGGCUGCAGAAGAAGAGAAGAAAACUCUUAACCAACUACUCCGAUUGGCUGUGCAGCAGAAGCUGAGCCUUACCCAAAAACUGGAAGAGAUCGAGAUGGAUCGCGAAAUGCGUCACGUCCGGCGGCCUGCGAUGCCAGCGCGUGGCGGUGGUAAGUCGGCAUUCAGUCGCGGGGUUCCUGCCCGCAGCAGCAACCAGAACCCGAACAACAGUAGCAACAAUCCGAACCAAGCAUUCUUCUAACAUAAGGUUAGCGUACAGCGUAAGAUCUUAGCCUUUCUCUAUACAAUGUUGAAGUUGUAAACCGUGAAAGGCAACUUUCGUACAGCGCACCGUUUAGUUUUAACCAACCAUAUAAACGAACGCGUUCUGCCGAUGAGAACGGCACAGCGAAUCCUUCCAUCCAUCCAUUCAGACUAAGUUUGUUCACCUGAUCCACAGCACAGCUGACGCCACUUCGUCCACUGUGCCGAAUGGAAAAUAUCUCACCUGCUCUUUUUGUACUAUACACAGCUUGUUGUAGGUAAACCAGCUAUAACAAGUCAGACUAAUGAGCUAAUUGUACGUGUGUGUUUGAAGAGAAUAUAUUUUUAAUAACAUUAUAGAGAAGACCUAAAGUUUGGGUACCCCCAAGAAGUGGGCAUAUGGAAUAGGGCGAAUGUGUGAAUGUAUAUCGUUAAUUUAUUUUGAUAAGAUUAUUAUAUAUUGUAAUGGAUAACCAAGAACAUUCAACACUUGAUGAUUAUUGCUAUUAUUUAAUAUAUAAAUAAGGGGAAAGAUCUAACCGCCUCGAGUAUAAGAAAACAACAGCUGUACGCGACAAGAAGGAAUCAACAAAAUCAAGCAGACAAAAGAAUCUUUUAUUGUAAUAAUAUUUACCCCUUCAGGGUAGUAUCAUAUGUGAAGUUAUUCUAGACAUGUUUCCUAGGAAUAAAAUGAACAAAUUAUUGUCAAACAAUAAUGUUAUUGAUGAAAUUGGAUCAAUGUAGAUUACCAUUCACAGAAUUGUGUUUGUAGUUUUGUGCAAUAUAAUAGAUUUUUAUAUUAUCAAGCGAAUUUUGAUUUUUUUCUAUUGUGGUAAAAUUAUUGAUGAUUAGACUUAUCUAUUUAAGAAGAGUGAUAUCUUCCACUGCUCCUACUUUUACAUUGGACCAAAACUACUCUAAAAAUAUUAGCAAAUAUACUUGAAAGUAAUUGCACACGAUGCAAUUAGAUUUUCUAUUGGCAGCUCAACACAAAACGUUUGCUCCGUUCACACUUUUUGAACAUGUUUUAUCUAUUUCGAUUGGGACUUUGCCGAAAACUGAAAAUAAAGAUCAGAACGCUUAGUCGCUCGUGUAAUUUUUGCAAUCUUAGAUUAGUUUGAGCGUGGCAACCUGAUGGUUCGACCUUCCAAGAGGCAGUCUGUUUUCUAACAUUUGUACUCAGCAUAAAAUUAGUAGCUUUUUAAUCGCAGGCACUAUGUAGUGGUAGCUCAUGUAGAAUAUUACUAUCCGCACUUACAAGCAUUAGGUGGCUUACUUUAGUUUCCUAACGCUGGGCUUAGAACUGAUAACCGCAUGCAAAUAGGUUGUUGAAACAUUAGACUAACGGCUAAUAUCUAGCACACAUACGCGGACCUUUCCUUGGAAUUAAAAUACAUGCUUUUUAAAGGUUAUUUUGCUGUAGUAAUGACGUUCUUUUCGCUGAGGACGUCCAAUCGAAAAAAGAUUGCCGAAUUACCAGGUAUAGGAAAACUAGAACAAACUUUCUAAUCAAAUAAUUUUACCAUCGUUUUCGAUUCAUCAACGGUUAAGUUUUUGCUUUCAAUUGAAAUCUUUAUGACCACAAACAACACUGUUGAGUAUGAUACUAAAUGUGUAACAUCGUAACAAAAGUAUAUUCUGUGAACAAAACAAAGAAAAAUCAUGCAUCACAAUUCUGUCCUAACUUUACGAAUGAUAUUUUUUCUAUCAGGAAAAAUUGUUAAGUAAGCACUAAUCAGGAAGCGUCCAAAAAUUAACUGACAAAGUAAUAAAUUUCCGACUAAGGGCUAGGAUUGAACAAAUUUAUUUGUGAGUAAUAACACAAUAAGAGAAUAAAAUGAAAAACAUUACCGAGCCAUUUAUUUAUUUCAAUAAUGUUAAAGAAAUUUGAACUUAAACUAAGUGUGAAAAAAGACAGCAAAUUGCUACGAAAGCAUAUUCGGAAAUGUCAAAACCAAUUUUCCAAAAUCAAACGGUCCAUCAGUUAGAGAUUCGCUGACAAAAAAAGAUAAGUAAACAAACCAAUAAUGGAAAUAAAUUAAUCACCGUCCCUUUUUACGAGAACGAAGAAGUAAAAGUAAAACAUAUAAGAUACGUGUGUGUUAAUAGGAGAUCAAUAAUCUUACUUGAUAAUUGUUUGAGUGUAACUGUUAAUUGUUCAUAGCCAAUGCGUGGAAAAUUAAUAUCUACGUUCUGCUUGAUUGUUUAGCAUCGUUACGCAACUCUAACAAAGACCGCGCGUUUAUUCACCGAUACGUCGGUCAGAAUGAUUGUCUUGUUUUGCUUGAAAAUAAUCUUUUGUUUCGCUGUGCUUAUUAAAUAUUGAUAUUAUUUCCCGGAAAUGGCGUCUUUAUAGUAUGAGUUGUCUUGAGUCGGUUUGGAUUGGAAUUUAUGUUCCAGUUCUAUCCUAAAAAUGUCGAAAUGCCAUUCUUUGCUCAACGGUACAACUUUGAGAUUGCCAAAGUAUGGUAUUCAUUUUUCGGGAAAUAGUAUUCGAAAGCUUUUUGAUCGCUUAUUCUAAAAUAUUACUUAUCAAGAAAUGACCGACAGGCGUGUUGAACAAAGAAGAAAUUUUGAAACAAAAGGCAAUGUUUUCUUUCCAAGGAACACGUCGCAAGACAUAGCAAUGUUUUAAUCCAAAAAACAGAUAAAACUAACCAACUCCAUCUGACAAGAAAUUAACGAAGAAGUAACCUAGCUGUCCAGCAUAGUAAAAUAGCACAUUCUAGAGAUUUUUAGCAGCCAUAACCAACCAGGAUAUGUAGGAGAUAAGUUUGACCUGAGAGAAUAUUUGUAGUGUUAUUCGUCUUUUCUCCGGUCAAAUAGAAAUAGCUAGCCUAACAGCAUUUGGAACCUUUGACGAAAAAAUUAAACAGUUCACGAGAUUCCGUUACUGUAGAUAGAGUAUUAGUCGGCAAGAAUAUCCUUUAAAACAGUGGUAUUGAGAUUACUCACCUAACUUAUAAUCCGUUUCCAGCUUCUAACUCAUCUGUUACUAACUAAUAACUACAGACAAUUACUUAGGGUCAAACGAUUCAAUUCAAAUGUAGAAUGCAGACUAAACUGCGAAAUAGAAGAUAUCCGGCGAACAAAAGUAAAAUAGUAGUUGUUCCAUGUUUUUAAACCUUUUACUCCCGAAUGAUUCAUAAAACCGCGUACAGAAUCAGUCAAUCUCCGCCGGAACUAGUCGUGCAAUCCGAUUCCGGUUAGGUACAUCUCCCUGAGCAAACCCUUCAAAUUAUGCAACUGAUCACUGAAAGAUGGAAAGAGAACAUCGGUAAAAGAACAAUUCUAAAUAUUGAUGCUAAUUCAUGAGUGUCGUUAAGUUUGAGCAAUUCCUUUUUUUUUGUUUUUGAAUGCAUGCAAGUUGUAUGUUAUGUCGUGGUGCAUCGCACAAGAUUCAUUUCGAGCUAAAUUUCUGCAAUUGUUCUGUUCUCUAGAUGUAAUCGUUUAGUGCUAUUUUUUAAUUCUUGGCGAGCUUGUAGCUAGAGCAAUAGAAGCACUCUGUUCGAUCGACAUGCUUCCAUAUAUUCGCUAUGUUUGACUGCUUGAAGUCUUUCCCCGUAGCAAGAAAGACAUAUCGGUUGAAGCAUCUUUUUUAUUAAGUACUGAAGCGAAAAGUAAUAUGCUAAUUUAUAAUAAUUUAUUGUAUCUCAUUGAAAGUGAACGUAAAAUAUACUAAACUAUAUUGUAAAAGUCUUGCGGAAAGAAAAAAAAAUAAAGUAACAUAAAUA